AUGUCAACAAUCUCUUCGAAUGCUGAUAUCAAUACCAAAUAUCAACGAGUUGCUGCUGAAUAUGCUAAGCUAAAAGUUCAAAUAUCUACGUUGAAAAAUGCGGUUAUUGCGGAGCAAGUAAAAAAUGAAAAAUUAUCGAUUGAUUUGCAUAAUAGUGAAUCAACAUUGCGAAAACUCGAAAAUGAAAAAGAAGGAUUUGAAUUUCGGAAUAACCAGUUAGUGAAACGGGUUGAGUCAUUGCAGAAUGAAAUCGAUAAUAUUAAGCAGACAUCUGUUAAGAAGCGAGGGUUGCUGUUUCAAAAGAAUACACGUGCAGAACGUUCAACUGAAUUGGAUAAUGGAGUUCUUCAAAUGGAACUACAAAAGAAAGUGAUAGAAAAUGAAACACUACACAAGAAGAUUUCCGAACUGGAAAAUGAAUAUACAGAAACAACAUCAGCUCUUAAUGAACAAUAUAGAAUUCUUGAAAUCGAAAACGGAAAGCUGAAAGAAGAACUUAAAAAAAUAAAGGAGAAUAUAGCAACUGAUCAAACAUUGAAUUGUAAUGUGGAAAAACAAUCUAAAAUCCAGAAGGCUCCCGAGAACAAAUCAGUGGUGGAAGUUAGCGCUAUGGGAAGUCAAAAUUUGGUAUUGAAUUCUGAAGAAUCUGCUGCUAGGAAGGAAACAAUGCAAGUUCUAUGGUUAGAUGCGUUACGUAUGGCAAAAAUGCUAACAGCUGGAUUUGCAAAUUUAUUGCAAUUGUUUGAGCAGCGCUCUACAAUCUAUCCAAAUGAUAGUAACAUGGAAAAAUUACCGGAGAAGACACUUUUGUAUGGACGCCGAUUGUUAUCAAGUUGUGAUAUGUUUGAAGCUUGUUCAAGUAGCAUUGAAACUAUUCUAAUGAAAAAUGCUGAUGAUAGUUGCUGUAACUUAUCUGCUGAAUGCACGGGAAUUACUUCAAUUAUAAGUAACGCAUUGUUUUCUUGUUCAGAAUGGCAAGAAUUAUUCAGUGAAAACAAUGUUGAUGAAAAUCGGGUAUCAUGGUGUGGUGCAAAUUUAAGCAAAUGUAACGAAAAUUGGACAAUUUCAUUUCUUACACUUCUUCGAUCUCUCAUUGCUCUUUCUCAACAAAUUGAAUGCAAAGAUGACAGUAAUCAAUCUGCAUUAAGCUUAUUUUCACUGAUCGAAGAUUUAAAAAUAUCAUUAGCAGAUUGUAAUCGUGCUUAUGCAGCAAAAAUUUUUAACGAAAAUCGUAUCCCAACAGCUACAAAACGAUUACGCUGUGUCAAUGAAUGCAUAAAUAAUUGUUUGACAUCGUUGCAGCGCAAUUUGAAUAAUUUUGCAGCAUUUGUACAGCUAAUUAUGAAUUCUAGUCAAUUAAAAGAUGAAGAAGUUGUUUCUGAGAACACGGAAGUUGUAUCUUCUCCUAUAUUAGAUUCACUAUUGCCAAAUAAUGAUGUGAAAGAAAUAGCUCACAAAAAUGAUGGUGAAACUAAACAUGAGGAGGAGCAAAUAUCAAAUAGCAAAUGUACACGAUUAGGUACCGAUUUUUGGAAAUCAGAAAUGGAAUUAGCAACGAAAAGGAUUGUUGAAUUAGAAAAGCAAAAAGAGCGGAUCACUUUGGAUUAUGAACUUCUCAAAACGAAAUUAGAGUCAAUGAAAUCGUUAGAAUCUGGAAUUGAAGUGUCAGAAUUUCCUUGUAAGGAUGCAGAUAUAAUUUGUUCGUAUUUCGAAGAACGGAUUGGUGAUUUACAUGCUGAUAUCGAGUAUAUUCGUAGUCGAGCAUUCUAUUAUAAGCAUGAAUGCAAAGAUCUUCUCAAAUUAGCCAAAUUGUCAGAGCAAGAAAAUAAAACUCUACGCGAGGAGCUAAAUCUUGUAACAGUCAGGGAAUCAGCACUGAAGGAAGAGCUUGAAAUGACUCGAAAAAGCUAUGAACUUCAGCUACAAAAUUUGCACGAACAUAUUGCAAAUUUGAAUAUUCAGUUAGUUGAGCAGUCAAAAACAGUGAAUUCUUUCAAAGAUAUAUUGAAUGGGAUGACUUCGACUAAACAAAAUUCUCGAAAAUCACUUCUCAAAUGA